AUGCCUCACCCUCGUCCCCGUCCCCGUCCCCGUCGCCUACAACAUAUCCAGGGCAUCGGAGUUGACCAGAUGGGCAACCUCACCGACGCCUCUGACCGCGACUAUCUUCGCCUCGAGAAUCUAGACGUUGACAUCCCACCCGAUCCGGUUGCCGUCGCCUAUGCGGAGCAAGCCCUCCAUCAAGACGACUGCAACAGCUAUCUCCCGUUCACCGGCCAAGCCCAUCUACGCGACGUCGCAGCUAAACAUGUAUCCCAGCUUUCCGGGGUGGGAUAUUCUGGCGAACGCAACUGCGUCAUCGCUGCGGGUGGAUUGUCCGGCAUCCUCAACGUGCUCCUGGCAACCAUCGAGGAGGGCGAUGAAGUGAUCAUGACGGACCCCAUAUACCGCGGGCUGAUCAAUCGUGUCCUUCUCGCAGGAGGUGUCCCGAAAUUCGUUCCACUCAUAUUCCAGCCAGGUGGCGAAUGGAAAUUGGACCGUGAUGCGCUCCGGUCCGCCAUCACCGAUCGAACAACCGCGAUGUUGCUCAUGUCGCCUUCCAUGCCGACCGGCGCUUGUUUCGAUCAAGACGACUGGGAUCUCGUGUCGGAAUUAUGUGUGUCCAAAGAUCUUUUGCUCAUCCUCGACUCGGCGAUGGAGCGGCUCGUCUUCGACAAUCUUCCCAUCGUCCAUCCAGCAUCUUUGCCGGGCAUGCGGAGCGAACGGUCACCGUGGGAUCCUCGGCCAAGGAAUUGA